AUGGUGCUUGAAGGAGGAUGUGAGUUAGCCAUCAUGUGUGAUAUCAUUUAUGCUGGAAACAAAGCUAAGUUUGGUCAACCAGAGAUUUUGCUUGGAACUAUUCCAGGUGCCGGUGGUACACAGCGACUUCCAAGAGCUGUUAGGAAGUCACUGGCUAUGGAAAUGAUACUAACAGGAGAUCCUAUUUCAGCAGAGGAUGCACAGAAAUCAGGCCUGGUUAGUAAAGUCUUCCCCGCAGAAGAGCUCGUAAAUGAAGCUAUCAAGACAGCUUCUAAAACAUCAUCCUUGUCGAAGAUCGCUGCACAAAUCGCCAAAGAAGCUGUCAACACAGGCUACGAGAAGGACUGCAUUUUGAGAAAAGAAUGUUUCACUCAACAUUUUCAACAGAUGAGAGGGCAUCUAGUUGGUUUCCAUUUCUGUCGCGUUCUUUUGAGUGGUGUUGCUUUGUAUCUUGUGGCUUUCAGUUCGUCUGCUCGCACUGACUUGAGCAGGGACGAGGUUUUCGAGAGAACUGAAGGAUUUGAGCUAAUUGGUCAUAUCACCAAGACAUUAUACACUGACGAAAUAAACUGUGGAUUCGCAUGCCUUCAAGAUGAAAAAUGCCAAUCUUACAACAGCAAAUCCGAUGCUAAUGAUGCAAAGAAGGAAUGUCAACUGAGUAACCAAACCGAAAAAUCAAGUCCGGAAAACCUGAGGCGUAACCCACGUUCUACUUAUUAUGGAAGAGAUAAAAGAGGUUGGGAUUCUGCUCAUCCGGCCUUCUCUUGUAAAGAAAUUCUGGACUCUGGACACUCCAAAGGAGACGGGAAGUAUUGGAUCGACCCAGAGAAGAGUGGAAACCCUUUGAAGGUCUAUUGUGACAUGUCAAGAUAUGGUGGAGGUUGGCUUCUGGUGUCAAAUGUUGAGUUCGGCAGCCCCUCUUCUAAGGUGUCAGUUGAGACAUCAUACCGUGGGAUAGGUAAGUCACACAUGGUUCUGCAGAAAAGUGCCAUGAACGAGCUCAGAAGACACUUGUCCUUCACUCAGCUGAGACUCCACUGCCACAAGAAACAGGGACGCACAUUCCACGUGGUCACCACUUCCAACAGCUCAGGUGAAGCUGUGGUCCAGUACUUCAGCGGUCAGACAGAUGAGCAACCGGAUGCCUGUGGUUCGUUUGUGAGUUUGAAGUGGGAUGACAAUUCCAAGUUAGCUGACAUUUGCAAAGAUUGGGGACUAGUAAGUGGAGAGUACUUUGUUGGAAAGUGGGGACAUGGUGAAGAUCAAAACAGGCUAUACUGGUAUCCCGCAUUCAAAGUACAUGCGUAUCACCUUAGGGUCCACUUGAAUAACGUUGGUGACCUCAACGUAAUGCAAUGCGAUGAUGUUGCCUCUCAGACCGUUAACACAAUCGGCGAUUUCUGGAGAGUAUUUGUUCGUUAGUUGCG